AUUUAUGUUUGGCCUAAACAGAUGCCCAGCCAACAGAGCAGAAGAAACCCGCCAAUAUAUGAUAUGGGUCACCCCUGACCAGGAGGGACAGUGGGAUGAGGAAGGGGCUCCCAGAGGGUUACUCCAUCUCUAAUGUUUUCACAAUUAGAUAUGUGCCUACAGUCUUAAACACUGUGUAAGGAUUAAAUGACAACAUUUUAAAAGCACUUAGAACAUUGUGUGGUUCCAGUAAUUGCUACAUAAAGAUUUGUUACGAUAAAAGUAAUAAAGUGAAAACGUUCUUUGGGGUGUAAAUGGUAUUAUUAAAACUAAACUAGGCAUAAAAGAAACAUAAGAAUAUACAGACUCUGUCUUGUAACUUUCCAUUCAAACCUUCAUUAUAUACAUGAAUACAUCCUUACAGAAAUAGAUUUGUCUUUUGAGUGUCUUUACAGAAAUGUGUCAUACUAGGCAUACUUUUGUAAAAACAGCUUUUAUUGAAGCACGACAGUGACAGAACAGAGAAUCACGGGUCUCGAGACAGAAAGAUAGAGGAGAUAGAGAGCCUGCUGGGCGCCUGGGGGUGGGGGCCUGGCAGCACCGGAAACCUCAGCCUGAAGGGAUCCCCAUGUGGGGGGAGGGGGACCUUUGGUCUCUCCCCAGCCUCUUCCUUCCCCCUGGCCUGGGGCUGGGUGGAGGGGCAGUUCCUCUUUCCUUCCCAAGCGCAGAGGAGGCCCCAGCUCCCAAGGGGCUAAGAAGCUGGAACACUGGUAAGGGGGAAGGAGCUGAGCCAGAUCCUUACAAGACCCUGCUCCCCCUCCCAGGAACCAUGAACAGGAAAGACAGCAAGAGGAAGUCCCACCAGGAAUGCCUGGGAAAGACAGGGGGGCGGGGCCGGCCCCGACAGGCCCGCCGCUACAAGACGUGCCCCAGUCCCCGGGAAAUCAGCAAGGUCACGGCUUCCAUGGCUCUGGGCAUGCUGAAUGAGGGUGGCUGUAGUGAAGAUGAGCUGCUGGAGAAAUGUAUUCAGUCCUUCGACUCAGCUGGCAGCCUGCGCCAAGGGGACCACAUUCUCAACAUGGUACUGGCCAUGCACAGCUGGGUGCUGCCUUCGGCCCACCUUGCUGCCCGUCUGCUGACCUUGUACCAGGAGGCCACAGGGAGCACACAGGAGUCGAGGCGGCUGCAGAUCUGUCACCUGAUCAGGUACUGGCUGAACCAACACCCUGAGACGGUGCACCAGGAGCCCCAGUUAGAAGAGGUUAUAGGUCGCUUCUGGGCCACCGUAGAGCAGGAGGGCAACUCCACCCAGAGGAGCCUGGGAGACUCCUCCAAUCUCCUGAGCCCGGGUGGCCCUGGCCCCCCACCCCCCACGAACAGCCCAGGCCUGGGCAAAAAGCGCAAAGUGUCCUUGCUUUUUGAUCACCUGGAAACUGGGGAACUGGCUCAGCACCUCACUUACCUGGAGUUCCGGUCCUUCCAGGCUGUCACGCCCCAGGACCUGCGGGGCUACGUUUUGCAGGGCUCCGUGCGGGGCUGCCCGGCCCUGGAGGGCUCCGUCGGUCUCAGCAACAGCGUAUCCCGCUGGGUGCAGGUCAUGGUGCUGAGCCGCCCCGGGCCGGCGCAGCGAGCUCAAGUACUGGAGAAGUUCAUCCACGUGGCACAGAUGCUGUACCAGCUGCAGAACUUCAACACGCUGAUGGCAGUCACGGGGGGCCUGUGUCAUAGCGCCAUCUCCAGACUCAAGGACUCUCACGCCCACCUGAGCCCUGAGAGCACCAAGGCCCUGCUGGAGCUGUCUGAGCUCCUGGCCACCCACAACAACUACGCCUGUUACCGCCGCACCUGGGCAGGCUGCACGGGCUUCCGGCUGCCUGUACUGGGUGUGCACCUCAAGGACCUGGUGUCCCUGCACGAGGCACAGCCUGACAGGUUGCCUGAUGGCCGCCUGCACCUGUCCAAGCUCAACAGCCUCUACCUGCGGCUGCAGGAGCUGGCAGCCCUCCAGAGGCAGCACCCGCCCUGCAGCGCCAACGAGGACCUGCUGCAUCUGCUCACGCUUUCCCUGGAUCUCUUCUACACGGAGGACGAGAUCUAUGAACUCUCUUACGCCCGGGAGCCCCGCUGUCCCAAGAGUAUGCCACCCUCCCCCUUCAAAGCGCCCCUGGUGGUGGAGUGGGCCCCUGGCGUGACACCCAAACCAGACAGGGUCACCUUGGGUCGACAUGUGGAGCAGCUGGUAGAGUCCGUAUUCAAGAACUAUGACCCUGAAGGCCGAGGAACCAUCUCUCAGGAGGACUUUGAGCGACUCUCUGGCAACUUCCCCUUUGCCUGCCACGGGCUUCACCCACCCCCUCGCCAGGGGAGUGGCUCUUUCAGCCGAGAGGAGCUGACAGGGUACCUGCUCCGGGCCAGCGCCAUCUGUUCCAAGCUGGGCCUGGCCUUCCUGCAUACCUUCCAUGAGGUCACCUUCCGCAAGCCCACCUUCUGCGACAGCUGCAGCGGCUUUCUCUGGGGUGUCACCAAGCAAGGCUACCGCUGUCGGGACUGUGGGCUGUGUUGCCACAAACACUGCAGAGACCGUGUGAAGGUGGAGUGUAAGAAGCGGCCAGAGGUCAAAGGCGAUGUGAGCCCCCCAGAAGCCUCUGUGUCACCCACACAAGUUCCCCAUGCCAGCGGUGGUAAGACCCGAGGCUCUGAGGACAAUCUCUCCUACACACUAUCCCUGGAGCUUGAGAUGGGGUGCCACCUUCGCCAUGCUUGGACCCAGACGGAGCCCCCACACCCUUCCUGGGAACCAGAGAUGAGUCAGUUCCAAGUCCUGUUAUUCCACCUCGAGCAGAAAACCCCCAAAGGCAUCGCCUCCUUCCCAUGUACACUGCCUUCGUGGACAGUCCCCUUUUGCAUCAGAGUACAUACUGAUUGUACUGCCCCUCCGUGUACUAGGGCCUGUGUGCAACAUGUCGAAUACGUUUACGUUUAGAUGUAGGCAUCAUCUCACCAACUCCUUCAAUCUCCAUUUUACAGAUGGGGAAACUGAGGCCCAGUGAGGUUAAGCUGCUCUCCCAAGGUGGCAGAGCUCCUACUGUUAAGGCAGGACUGUAACCCAGGUUUUCUGUCCGCCUGUAAAACAGAAGCCCCUGACCAUUAGGCCACACUGACAGCAAGGGCCAGCAAGGGGAGAGGGGAGACUGGGCAGAGUUCUGGAGAGGGAGGAUGUUAGAGAAGGGCUGGAACAGGGAGCCCGAGUCAGGCCACAUCCCUCCCCUGUGCAGAGCCCCUCUGUGGCUCCUUCUCAGGGGGAAAGCUGGAGGCCUCACUGCAGCCCACCCAACGCAAUCCCCACACCCCACCACCACCUCUCCAACCCCACCUCCCACCACUCACCCCCUGACUCAUCCUGCUUCAGCUACACUGGCCUUGAUGGUCCCUGAACAUGCCAAAAAUACUCCUACCUCAAGGUCUUUGUACUGGCUAGUCCCUCUACCUGGAGCACUCUUUCCCAAAGGCUCAAAUGACUCCCCCCUCUUUGGGACUUAACUCCAGGGUCACUUUCUCAGUGAGGCCUCCCCUGACCAUACCCAAAGUUGCAAUCCCCCCGAGUGGCAAUUCUGCCUUCCUGCUGGAUUUUUCUCCAAAGUCGUUCUCCCAUCUGACAGACAAUACUUUCUACCUAUUUAUAUUGGUGAAUGUCUGCCCCUCCUCACCAGAAAUGUCAGCUCCAGGAGACCAGGGGUUUAUAUUAUCUUUAUCUUUCCCUUCUGUACACCCAGUGCUUAGAACAGGGCUGGCACGUGCUGAGUACCUGAGAAAAGUCUCUCGAGUGCCUCAGGCCUCCUUCCC